GACCAAUCGGAGUUUGUUGUCAUGACCUGAGGGCGGGACCGUUGAGAGCGCCUGACAGUCCCACGUUCUUCAGUUUAAACGCGCUUUUCAACGUUCCAAAAGAGUUGGCGCGAAAUAUUUGAGGCGUUACGAGGAACAAUGUCAAUCCAGGCCUUUUCUUUUCCUGUACCUGAGACCAGAUUUUUUCAGGCUGGACAACAAGUUUUCAAAUUCAAGAUAAGACGAGGAGACAUGAGCAGCAUUAAUGAGGAAGACGUGUUGUACGGGCCGCUAGUCAGUGAGGAGCUGGAGAACGCUGUACGUGCAGUACUUGCAAAUCUGGAUAGUCUUCACCCUUUCACUACUCAGCAUUUCAACAUUUUUCCCUACAAAAGUAAAUGGGAACAAGUGUCCAAAAUGAAGUUCACGAAGGAGGGUGUAAAACUGUCUCCGUACCCCUUCCUUAUCACACUGUAUGUGGAGUAUCGUGAACCAGCCUUUCCAUAUGCAGGAGUGAAAAAUACCAAUGCCUGGACCACACCGGAGAAACUGUCUAUAUUGAAAAGUCCACGGUGUGCUAGUGAGCCAGUGAGGACAAUCCAAACCACUGCAAUUGAUCAUCCAGAAGAGGGCACUAUGAACCAACAAAGGCAUAAUAAACAAACCACAGAGUGCUUUCAGGAGUCCCCUACCUCAGCCAAUGGUGCAGAAGCGAUGGUUUGUGGCAGUGAGACUCAUGCUGAUUCACAAGUGACUUGUCUACAAGCACCAGAUGUGCAUGGUGCUGUCCUUGAAAGUCCUGACCCAAAUUCAGCAAAUGGACAGAGCACCGGGAUCAUUACUAGAAUGGCGAGCUCGAUUUUUCCCUUCUCUCUGUUCUUCCGUAAGAGUCCUGAUAGUUAAAAAAUGCAAACCAUCAUUCUUUGACACUUACAGAGCUCCCACCUGUUGUUAUUAGAGAAAAAGCUGUUUCAUUUGUAAGCUUCUUCAAGGUUUUGAAUACCACCUGGUUCAUUAUUUAGCUUAAUUUGUGCAUUCUGUUUAUGUAAUUCUUCAAAAUGUAUCUGU